ACCCCAGGUGAGCCCAGGAUCAGGGUGACGGGAUCUCACUUGGCUUUGUGGCUAGAAAUGAGCUCCAACGGAACGGCGUUCUCGUCAGAUCGGGGUAACUCCCCUUCGCCGGUCAAAACGCCCACCUUCCGUUCCAUCUCCGUUCGGUCCCCGACUCCACGUCAUCUUGCCACGACAUAUCUCACGUAUUUAUAGAGCCCCGCGUUCCAUUCUUCGCCCAGUCUUCUCCAUUGUUUCCCAAAGGGACUUCUCUCUCUGUCUCUUCCCUCGGUAUAAGGGAGGGGGAGGGGGGAAUUUUUUCCGGAAAGUAGUUAAGGUGAUUUUGAGGUGGGUGGUAGGUUUCCGAUGAUGACGACGGCCUUGGCGGGGGCAGCGGUGGGGGCGGGGGCGGGGACGGAGGCGUUUGCUCGGGACGCGAUCAUUGCUUGGUUCCGGGGGGAAUUCGCGGCGGCGAACGCGAUCAUCGACGCGCUGUGUGGGCACCUGGCGCAGAUCGAAGGGGGAUCGGAGUACGAGGAGGUGUUCGCUGCUAUCCACCGGCGGCGGAUGAACUGGAUUCCCGUUCUCCACAUGCAGAAGUACUUCUCCAUUGCCGACGUCGUCGGCGAGCUCCGCCGAGUCGCCUCCCGCCAGCAGCUUGCUGCCGCCGCAGAUGAGGAGGCGGAGAUCAAGAAAGGCAAGGAGGAGGAGAUGGAGGUGGCGGCGACGGAGGAGGAGAAGCUCAGCAAAGAUUCUCCGAAAGAGGAGGAGGAGGCGGAGAUGGAGGAAGAGAGAUCAAUAGAUGGCGGCGGUGUCGGUGGCUCCGUGGAGGAAGUCGAGGAUGGAGAUUCUAACGGAGAUUCCUCAGAUCGGAAAGUCUCGGGAGAAGGCGACGUCGAUGGAGGAUCUCAAGGGGAGCAUACUUCUGUGGAGAAUGUCCAGAUAUGCUCUGAUCAUGAGAACUGUGUGGCACGCCCUGAUAGGAUCAAGAUCUUGAAAGGUUUUGUAGCCAAGGAGGCAGUGAAAGGGCAUAUGGUUAAUGUUGUAAAAGGUCUGAAGCUGUAUGAGGACAUCUUCACAAACUCAGAGCUUCUGAAGCUUGCUGAAUGUAUAAAUGAACUCCGUCUUGCAGGCCGAAGGGGAGACUUAUCAGGUGAAACAUUCAUUUUCUUCAACAAACAGAUAAAAGGGAAUAAGAGAGAGAUUCUUCAGCUUGGUGUUCCAUUGUUUCAACCAACCAAUGAGGAGGCAUCAAGUAAUAUAGAACCGAUUCCCCCGGUAUUGCAGACUGUCAUUGAUCACCUAGUUCAAUGGCAUUUAAUACCAGAGAGCAAAAAACCAAACAGUUGCAUUAUCAACUUCUUUGAUGAGGAUGAAUACUCACAGCCAUAUUUCAAACCUCCACACUUGGACAAUCCAGUCUCCACACUUUUCCUUUCUGAGACAACAAUGGCUUUUGGACGGGUGCUUGUCAGUGAUAACAAUGGAAACUAUAAGGGCUCCCUCACACUUCCACUGAAGGAAGGGUCACUACUAGUCAUGCGUGGGAACAGCGCUGACAUGGCAAGGCAUGUCAUUUGUCAAUCCCCAAACAGAAGGGUGAGCAUCACUUUUGUGAAGGUUCGACCUGCCAACAACCAAACUGAUUCUUCCACCAUGUCUCCGCUGACUACAGCUAUGACCCUCUGGCAACCUGGAAGCCCUCCACCACAACAAGUGCAAGGUAGUGGAGUCAUUGCCUAUGGGCCUCAUGGUGUGAUCCCAGGCACAUGGGGGGUGACUGUUCCUGCUCCGGUCGUCAUGCUGCCAUCAUAUCGUCCCAUGGUCAUGACUCCUGGUAGAAGAAUGUCACGCAAUGGCACUGGUGUAUUCCUACCUUGGGCAGUGGGCCCCAAGAAAUACACCAAGCAUCUCCCACCGCGUAUUCAGAAGAGAAGGUUCCUCUCACUGCCCUCCCUACUGGAGGCACAAGUAUAGGUGAGGUCACUAGCUUCUGAUGUUAAAGUGUUACUAGCUGCCAAAGGAUCCUUUAUAGUUAUGAAACAAGUUCUUGAUUUCAGUUAUCUUGAAACAAGAGUGACUUAGGUCUAGUCCCCAUUCCAGAAGUGUAGUGGAGUUUAGGACAUUACAUCAACCGAAAAAAAAAAAAAUAGAGAUCAACAUUUUCUAGAGUGUCUUCACAGGAGCUUCUGGGUCAUGUACUGUAUGGGAUGCAUGUAGUGAAUGCAGAUUUUCAGUGUACCUGGUUUCUUUUAGAUGGAAGGAUGAUUGCCAUGGUGCGUAGCUCUUGUGGGACUUGAAAUCCCUCGAGUGAAGGACAAAAUUUUGUAAUAUUUCCAUGAGUUUUAUUCAGCAUAGAUGAAAUUUUUUAUA